CGUACUUAGUUACUCGGCUAGGCCAUUUCCGCGUCUCGUUGCUGUAGCAACGCCGGUUUCGCGUUCUUCGCCUGCUUUGAUCUUCCUUUCGUGCCGCCUUCGCCUGUUCUAGGAUUUCCCUCUCCUGAGCUGUGGGAAGGUGAAGAUUAGGUAGGACCCGGGACCCGCUCCAGGACGCUCAACCUCCACACGCCCGCCGCCCUCUUAGCAGGGCUCACCGAAAGCAGGAUAUUCCUUCCACUUAGUGGCACCGGCUGUGCGCUCCAGAUCUCCUGUCCUUCACUCCCUUUUUUAAAAAUGUGAAAAAUUACAUGCUCUUGGGCACCUAUUUUUCUAGAAAGAGAGCCCUGCCAUUACUUACUAUGAAGCUGUUACAAUAAGUGCCACACUUUUUAACAACAACAAAAAAGAGGUACCGGUACUGCGUACCAUUGAGUACCCAUGAAAAACAAAAGGCGCUGUGCUGGGCAUGUUUCAAAGCACAGCGCCAGGGAGACCCCAGCUCAACCAGCAUCUUUAUUUGCUCAGUGACCUAAUUUGCACACACACAAAAAAAUACUUAAGGCACCAAUUUGCAUAUGAAUGAGUUUUUAAAAUACCUGGCAACGCCCAUCCAAACAGAAGCAUGAGAUUACUUAUUUUAAAUGUUUUGUUUUCAAUUUAUGUGGAACGGAGUAAUCGGUCCCAUAAUUCCAUUAUUGCCAGAUUCUCACCCUAGAGAACAGCCUUCUCCUGUCACCAGCAGCUUUGCUGUUCUACAAUUUUCUGAACAACUGAGAUGUUCUUUGGCCCUCUCAGGUGCAAAGAUGCUGACUCAUAUGCACAGAUACACAGCCAACUCAGACCCCCUUCAGAGACUCAGUGGUGGUGGUGGUGGUGGUGGUACCAAGCAGGUGAGUAAUCUUUGUGCUAUAUAGCUGAUAAUAGAGUUUUCAUUGCCUUUAAGUUUUAAAUUGUGAGUAAUUUCCACUGACAUUUUAUUUAUUUAUUUAAUAAAAUUUAUACCCUGAUUAUAAAACACAUCAAAGCAGUUUACAAAAAAGAUAAAACAAUAAAAUCAAGAAACAUUCACAACCUUACUCUUAAGCAUACAAAAGUUAAAAUACUAAAACAGAUUAAAAUUACCUCAACUUUCUAUGCAGCUGGGUAGGACUUUCAAAACAAUGUUUUCUUAUCUGUUCCAGUGUAAGGUAAAGGGACCCCUGACCAUUGAGUCCAGUCGCGGACGACUCUGGGGUUGCGGCGCUCAUCUGGCAUAAUUUCUCCUGUUAAAUUUUUGGGCUCACGUGGAUACUUUCUGAUGAAGUAAUGAGCAGCAUGGCAACUUGCAUUUCUUUGUUUCUUUAGAAGCUGGUGGUGUCUGUGCGGAAGAAGCCUUCAUUCUUCACUGCAAGAAAAACCAAGAAUAUUUUCUGGGGUAUUGAAGUACCUGAUAGUCUCACCUGGCAAGGAUGGUGUCUAGGAAAAGAAUUCACAAAACAUCUCAUUUUGAGAAAUGUGUGUUUGAAACCCCAGAAGUUGAAGUUCAGGUGUGUAAGCCAUGUAGGAGGCGAAAGGAGCUGCCAUUUCUCUGCCUUGCAUUUUCUUUCCACUGCAGUAGUAGUCAUUUACCACUCGCCACUCAACCCUAUUCUGUUGAGUAAAACUUUGCUGAUAUUUCACAUUCCACAAAUGUGUACAUGUUGGAUGGUCACUGCAAACCCUACUCAACUGCAUCCUGAUCGUAGACAUGAUUAUUUAGAAGUAGCUCCCAGUGAUUUCAGUGGGACUUCAUCCAAGUAAAUAUGCUUUGUGUUGCCACCAUAAUUUAUCUACUGGCAACUUCUAACAGAUUGCAUGGUUUGUUAGGUUUUUCACAUUAUUUGGUGGGUGUUUUGUGUACUUUUUCAACAAUCCUGGUUUUUACCAUAAUUUUAGUAUUUAUGUAUGUAUGUAUGUAUUUAGAAUGCUUAUAACCCACCCUUCAUUUCAGUGGAUCCCAGGGCAGGAAAUAAUAAUAAUAAUAAUAAUAAUAAUAGUAUAAUAAACUUGUAUUUGUAUCCUGCCCUAAGAUAGUUUCCAUAAAAUUCCAUAAAAACAACCAUAAAUAAUAAAACUAACUUAAUGAUAAAAACUGCUGAAACCACAGCACUGGCUGCCUACUACAGUUAUUACAAUGCAACACUAAAAAUUCCAGGGCAAUAGGUAAGUCUUUAUUUGGUGAUGAAUUUUAACUUUUUUAUUACUAUUCUCUUUGAAGUAUUUCCCCCUGCAUAUUAAGUAUCUUUAAAUCUGACAGUGCAAAAUUUGUUUUGACUUUUUCACAAUGUUAUAUAUUUUGUUUCAUACAAAAAAAAUUAAAAGUUCUUAAAUAUUCAUAGUCAUGCUUUUUGUUUUUGUUUUGUAUCACCUCCAUCUCCACUUUCCAUGGUCACUUUGUUCUGAUUUGUUUCCAGGCCUCCUACAACUCGUUUCUUCAAUACUGUUUUCCCACAGCCAAUUAUUCUGAGUCCUGGGAUGUCCAUAACUUUGCCCAUCAUCUUCUGCCCUUUGGAAAAGGUAAAGCAGUUCAGGGAUAUACCUACCUCUCUUCCAAAAGCACCAAUCUAUCAGAGCAGCGUUCUCUCUGUGUCCUCUUCUGACUUGGCAGGCAAGGAAAGUUGAUGACAAUUGAACUUACGAGCCUAUGUGAAGACUGAGACAAUGUACUUCCCUGUGCACCUCCUGUUGCAGCCCAAACUUGUUAAUUGUUUGGUGUCACAAAUGUAUGAAUUCUGAUUUGAUUUGCUGUUCCCGCUCCAGUAACAGAAAGGAAUUCAAAUCUGGGGGAAGCAGGGCAGAAUUUCUUGAGCACAGUAAAAAUAUUCUUUUCAGCAAAGUGGCAAAAUAUUGCAGUUAAUGAACUAUGGGCAGGGGCGUACGAAGGUGGGGGGGUGAGCCGUGCUGGGUGCCAUCUGGGGUGUGUGUGACAAGAUGGCCUGCUGCCUCCCCCCAGCUGUAAAGUGGCCGAGGGCGCGUGCGCAUUCAGUAUGGGCACCGCUCACGCGGCGUCCGUAUGGGCUGCUACUUGUGCGUGGUGUCCGUACAGGCUGCCGCUCGCGCACGCUGUCCCUACGGGUCUCUGCAUGGGCUGCUGUGCAGUCCGUAUGGACGUUGCACAUGUGCCGCUGGGCGUCCUGCCCCGCCCCUCGGUGUCCCGCCCUGGGUGCCAGAGAGGGUUUCUCCGCCACUGGCUAUGGGGGAAUUUUUUGUUUUUGGGCUCAAUUUGGCCCAGGAGCAGGUUAUCUUAAGGAUAGUCUGCAUCUUAUGUAAUCAUAGGUAAAGGUAAAGGUACCCCUGCCCGUACGGGCUCUAGGGUUGUGCACUCAUCUCACUCUAUAGGCCGGGAGCCAGCGCUGUCCGCAGACACUUCCAGGUCACGUGGCCAGCGUGACAAGCUGCAUCUGGUGAGCCAGCGCAGCACACGGAACGCCGUUUACCUUCCCGCUGGUAAGCAGUCCCUAUUUAUCUACUUGCACUUAAGAGUGCUUUCGAACUGCUAGGUUGGCAGGCGCUGGGACCGAACGACGGGAGCGCACCCCGCCGCGGGGAUUCGAACCGCCGACCAUGCGAUCGGCAAGUCCUAGGCGCUGAGGUUUUACCCACAGCGCCACACGCGUCCCUUAGGUAAUCAUGCCUGAAUAUUGACUCUAGGGCCCAUCAUUGGCUAAGAUCUGAUUGGAGGGUACAAGGAACAGGACUUCUUUUGUGGAGGUGGCACCACAGCCGUAGAUUCCCUUCUCUGGGAAGUCUGAUACGCCCUCUGUCUACCAUUUGUAGAUGGUAUUUGAAUAUAUUUUAAAUCUGCGUGGUAUUUUAUGACUGAGUCUGCUGUUUGUAUUGGUUUUAUUUUUUCUGCUGGUUUUUAAUGCUGCUGUUUCCGUAUGCUUUUUGCAUUGCAUAUUGUUACAUAAGCUGUUCAGAAAAAAAUAAGUGUUUGAAAUGUGGGACAGAGAUAAUUGAACUAAAUGGACCUAAUCAUAGCAUAGCACAGCUGCUCAUGCUCAGUCAGUCCUUUUAUUAUCGCUUGGAAUGCAUGAAUGUGUAACUCCUGCUCUGUGUAUGUAGAGGUUGCCUGCCUGUUCUUUGCACUUGGCAUGGAGUUCAGCCAGAUGAGCCUCUUCUCUCUCCACUUCUUAUGCAGAAAGAGUAUGAAGACAGUGUUCUUUUUGAAAAGGCAGAAGGAGAGUUUUCUGUUCCUCUGGUAGCCAAGCUACCGCACCUUGAUUUGCUUUUCCAAGAGAGUAUCCAGCUUCCUGAAUGUGCUGUCUAUGACUCUACAGAGGCCUCCUUUACCAUGUACAAUGAUGGGUGAGUGUGGUUGUCUGUAGCCUCUAAAGCUGUUUACUCAACUGGAUUAGGAUGGGAUUCAUACAGCUGACCCACUCCUGCUAUGAUUGCCUUUGGAGAUUGCUAUCAUGUCUUUCCAUAUACUACUACUGCUGAGACACAGAGUGCCCCUAAGUUUUCCAAAGGGUAUGUGUUUGGGAUAUUGUGGAAAGACACUGUCAAAUGAGAUAUUGAGAAAAGCUAUUUUGCUCUAAAGCCUUUAGUUUACAGCAGGGGUGGGGAAGCUUAUUCAGACUGAGGGCCACAUUACCUCCUGAGGGCCAGUGAUGGACAGAGCCUAUGGCGAAAGUAGGCAGAGCAAUAAAUAGGAAUUUUAUCUUUGUACAGCAGGCUAGUUUCUUCAACCCCAAAUGUCCUUCUCUUAUCCUCCACCUAGGCAGGCAAGAAUCACUGUUGUAGUUCAUGAAUGUACUCAAGUCAGGCAAAAACAUUCAAGGAGGGUGCAAUGUGAGAGGUAUAGCUCUGGAGGUCGUAUUGCCUGGGGAGAGUCCUGAAGGCCAGGCAGAGAGGCCUUGAGGGCCACAUUUGGGGUUCCCCAUCCCCGGUUUACAGUGUGUGUUUCUUCUAGAGAACUACUGACAUGCUUUAGUUGGGAGGUGCCACCUUCUUUCUGCAUUCUUCCUUCUCGUGGCAUGUUGGAUCCAGGCGAAGAGUGCACAAUGAAAGUGAUAUUUCAACCUGAGAUGGCUCAAGUGCACAACAUAUCAGCAAUAUGCAGUUUUGGAGAUACUCCGGAGCAAAAGGCCAUCCAGCUGAAAGCUGUUGGUGAGGACUUUUCAACUCUAAAGCAAAAGGGUAGUGUAGGCCAUAACAUUAGGUUUUAUGGGUAUCUAUGUUCUUGCCUAUGGGUUCACCUGCAACACUGAAACCCCAUGAGCUAAAGGAGUCCUGUAAUAGAGGGUCCUAUCUGCUGUUUUGCAAAGGGUCUUAGCUUCAUAUGUUCCUGGUUGCUGAGAACAUCUUUAAUCUGAACUUCAUUUUUCACCUGUUCUCUCACUCGCUUGCCCCACUUGGAAUUUAUCUAAUUUUGCCACAUAUUCUUAUUUUAUGUGCAGCUUCCUAAAAUUAUAACUAAGGCCUGCUAGAAAUCAUCAUAGUAUCUGCUACAUUUUUAGAUACCCUAAGCUAUCCAUUCAAGGAAGAGUACAAUUGUUAUGAAAUAUAGUAUAGUAUUCCAAGCUCCAAAAGGCCCCAUGGAGAAAGCCAUUUUAAUCCCCAUGCUCUUCCAAAGGCAGUUCCCAUCUUGCACAAGGAUAAAGGCUGCUUCAUUUCAUGAUUAUAGGAAGUUCAAUGUCUCUCAUUUCCAUGUGUUUUGUUCUUGAAGAUCCAUAAUUUAGAGGGUUUCUGUCCUGAAUAUAAGGUUCAUGGCCUGAGAACUGUUCAAAAGGUAUAUUACUGGUCACUGAAUGAUUUUGCUUCAGUUUAGAUAUUUGACACAGUGAUGCAAAUGCCCAAACCAAUAUGUUUUCAGUGUAGGAAGGCCUCCACCUUUGACUUUUAAAAGUAAUCUUUAUUUUCUGCAGCUAAAUAUCCCCACCUGCUGGUGAAUGUGCCAGGAGACUCGUGUGAAGAUGCCAGGCUUAGAAACUUCCGGGAUGUGCUCUGCUUUGGUGCUGUUGCUGCUGGCAGCACUGUAGAAAAAUAUGUGGAUGUCUUCAAUGUGUCUGUGGUACGAUAAGUUGAUCCUUGAGUUUUCAAACAGAUAUAUUCUCAUGACCUAGAUGUGUGCCCAAGAGGACAUGUCCAUAUUCUGCUUUGUCAGUGCCUACAACAUGCCUAUAUCUUUCUUUUUUCCCCAAUUUUAAAAAAUUGAUUUUCCAGAUUUUUCACACAGAAAAAAGAAAAAACAUGACAAAACACACAACAAAGACAAUAAACUAAACACAAAAGAAAAUUAUUACUUCAAAUACCUAAAUCUCUUAACAUUGGUAACUGACUUCCUCGAAUCCCCUCUAUCUGAAUUUCAUUAUAUCACCUGUAUAACAGUUCUCCAAUUUCAUAUUUCUAAUAAUAUUAACUCCUUUCAUUAACUAAGCUCUUCUCCUUUAUUAUUAUUCAAAUCAUUAAUAUUUACUACCACAUAUUCUUAUUCUACCCCUAAGCCUAUUUGUUACUUCCAAGUAUUUUCUAAUUAUCUUACAUUGCAAUAUUUAGCUAAAUAUUCUUUAAAUUUCUUCCAAUCCUCUUGUGUCUCCUCUUCUUUCUGGUCGCGGAUUCUUCCAGUCAGGUCAGCCAGCUCCAAAAAAUCCAACGUCUUCAUCUGCCAAUCUUCUAUUGUUGGUAUUUCUUGCGAUUUCCAGUUUUUGGCUAAUAAAAGUCUUGCUGCUGUAGCAGCAUACAAAAACAAUCUAACAUCUUUUUGGGACAAUUCCAGUCCUAUUACUCCAAGAAGAAAGGCUUCUGGUUUCUUAAUAAAUGUAUUUUUCAACAUUUUUUUCAACUCAUUAUAAAUCUUUUCCCAGAAGUCUUUCACCUUAGGGCACGUCCACCACAUAUGAUAAAAAGUACCUUCUUUUUCUUUGCAUUUCCAACAUAGAUUAUCAUUUGUAUGAUAGAUCUUUGCUAAUUUCACCGGGGUUAAGUACCAUCGAUACAUCAUUUUCGUAAUAUUUUCUUUUAAUACAGUACAUACAGUAAACAUAACCCCUUUCUUCCACAGCCUUUCCCAAUCUUCCAACAUUAUAUUGUGUCCAACAUCUCUUGCCCAGUCAAUCAUCACAGAUUUAACUUGUUCAUCCUUUGUAUGCCAUUCCAACAAUAAAUUAUACACUUUAGAGAGAUUUUUAACAUUGGUGUCUAACAAUUCCGUUUCCAAUUUGGAUUUUUCUAUCGCAAAACCAGUUUUCUUAUCAAGCUUGUACAAUUCAUUAAUCUGAUAAUAUUGUAACCAUCCAUCCAAUCUAUCUUUACUUUGAUCAAAUGGUCUCAAUUUAAAUCCUUCAUUAUCUUCCAACAAUAAAUCAUCAUAUUUCAACCAUUUACUCUCCAUAUUCAGCUUUUUCUGUGCCUUUGCUUUCAUUGGUGAAAGCCACCUGGGUGUUUUCCUUUCUAAGAGAUCUUUAUAUCUUAUCCAAACAUUAUAUAAAGAUUUAUCAUUACAUGAUUUUUAAAACCUUUAUGAGCCGAUAUCUUAUCAUACCAUAAAUAUGUAUGCCAACCAAAUACAUUGUCAAAUCCUUCCAAAUCUAACACACCAGCAUUGUCUAGUUGAAUCCAUUCCUUGAUCCAGCAGAAAGCCGCAGCUUCAAAAUAUAUCUUCAAAUCUGGCAGGGAGAAUCCCCUUCUCUCUUUUGUAUCUGUUAAUAUUUUAUAUUUAAUUCUGGGUUUUUUCCCUUACCAGAUGAAUUUAUACAGUGUUUUCUGCCAAUCUUUAAAACAUCUUAGAUUAGCUUGGAAUAAAAACAACAUCUUUGGCAAUACAUUCAUCUUAACCACCAAUAUUCGGCCCAUUAAUGACAAUUUUAGAUUUGACCAAACCUCAAGAUCUCUCUUAAUUUAAUUCCAUAAUUUUUCAUAAUUAUCUUUGUAUAAAUUCAAAAAUUUUACCGAUAAAUUUACACCCAAAUAUUUCACUUCACAAAAACAAGGCCUGUCUUUUCCUGAAGGAUUUUUUUCUCCUCAUUAUUUAAUUUCCCCUCCAACACUUUGGUUUUGCUCUUAUUUAACUUAAAUCCUGCUACUUGCCCGAACAUAUAAAGCACCCCAAUUAUAUGAUUUACAAAUCCUCUAUGUAUUUUCACCUUGUUAUACCAUAAAUAGGAGUGCCAUCCAUAUCCAUUAUUAUACCCUUCUAGAUCCAGCAGGUCCGUGUUUUCCAAUAAUAUCCAAUCUUUUAUCCAACACAAGCAAGAUGCUUCAUAAUAAAGCUUUAAAUUUGGCACCGAGAAUCCUCCUCUUUCUUUCUUAUCAGUCAAUAGUUGAAAUUUUAUCCUGGGUCUUUUCCCCUGCCAUAUGAAUCGUGACAAGACUUUUUGCCAUUCUCGAAAUUGUGUCAACUUAAUUGUAAACAGCAACUGUAAACAUUGACUGCAUACUUUACAUUUGCCAUAAUAAAUUAUUUUAAGUUAUUAUUCUUUGAAUACCAUGCUUCCAGCAACACUCUGAAAGCAUCUGCACAAUGUGGAAGUUUUCUCUAGAUGUACACAGUAGGUGGCAACCUUUGCUUGGGAAUUUUGAGGGGAAUUUAUAGUCUGUGCAGAGAGUUCAGCUGCCAAGAAUUGCAGGAGCCUGGACAUAGGAUUUAAUGGAGACACUUGGUUGUAGAAUGGAUCUCUCCUGAAAGAGAGGGCAGGCAGAUGCUAGUGAGUUUCCAUUCUGCUGAAGUCUUUGGUCUCUGUCUGCAGUUUCCCUGGCAUUAUAGGCACAGGACCACAAAGGCGGCGGCUUCUUCUUCUUUUUAAUUCCUAUAUUCAUGCAAUACAGUGUCUCAGAAGCUAAGACUGCUGGUCUCCAGAUGCAUCACCAAUUACUCAAAGGGGAUUAUGAGUGUUUUGUGUGGGAAUGUACCAAAGUUUCCAUCAGAAUAAAAAACUGCCAAUUUAGAGGAUUGGCCUAAGCUGUAGGCUUUUCUCUCCUCAGUGAGUGGAAGUAUAACACUUUCUGUCUCUCGGCAGGUCAGUGCCCCAUUCAGGAUUGAGAGAGCAAAGGAAGUAGUGCUUCGUGAUCGUGUUUUUUCUUGUGACACCACCCAAAACAUUGCUCCAGCUCGUGGGAAGUCAGUCAUCCCUGUGAGGUUCAGCCCACACACCGUGGGUGUAAAGAGUGUGGACUACUUCACUGUUCUGCCUGCUGGGAGCAGCACCCAUUCUGUGCUGAAGGUGACAGGUUCAUGCAAAGGUACAAGGCAGUGAGAGCCCUUUUGCAUCUCCGUGCUUCAUCAAAGCACAUAUACCAGUGUUUUGCUCCUGAUUCCAGCAGAUUUGGGUUAUGGUACCUUGCUGGAUAUUGAGCAUGUACAAAACAUUUUGUCCAGAGAUUUCAAAGCUGUUCUGGUGCUACUUUGCAAUAGCAUUUGCAUUUGAAGAGUUGUGAGUUGUUGUAUAUUAUAGUUAAGUUGCAACCAGAGGUUGUUUGGGUUGGACCCCUAUUCCUGUCUGUUGUUGAGAUUUUAGCAAAAGGAACCCUGCCAUCCUAGCAGUAAGAGUCUGACCCCAUCUGGGUAGAGGGAGUGGGGCUCUGUGCAUGUCUUCUUGCCGCUGUGUGAGUGAGACUGUCUAUAUAUUUGGGAGCAGUGCUGAAUGAAGAUAGGUGAUGAGGAUCAACCACUUUUAUAGCAACAAUAAUAACAACCAACCCUGGAGGGCAGGGAAUUAGGAACUAUUGGUAUACAAAAACUAAAAACAGCCUCCUUUCUGAAUAGCAGCAGUGGUGUGAAAAUUGGCUUUGUUUCUCAUUCCAGGUCCUGAGAUUUCCUUUCAGCACCCCGUUGUCUACUUUAGCUGCAUUAACCUUGGAGAGUACUUAGUUCAGCCCUUAGAGAUGACCAAUAACUCUGAUGUUCCAGCCUACUAUCAGUUUAACAUUGACUGCAAGCAAAGUGUCUUUUCCUUUGACCGUCCUGUUGGGGUCUUGGAUGGGAUGUCCACUACCACACUGAAGGUCACCUUCCAACCCACCUACCCAAUAAUUUUCUACCGACGAGUGGUUUGCCUUGUUCAUCAUCAGGUAAGAGGGCUAGGAUACAUCUUCCAUUGAAACAGGCCUGUUGGUUAUGUGCCCCAGUCAAGCAGGGGGUGGUUGAAUGCCAUUUCAUGGAGAGAACAGGACCCUCUCUUUUGCCUGGUGAUUGUGCUUUAUCAGGCAAAUAUCCUUACAUGGAAAUGCUCAGGCUUUCUCAGGCCAAUGCCUUAUUUUCCACAUCUUUGAUAGCUUUUCUUAAACAUACCUAGAAGCACAGCAUUUUAUUCAAGCCCUAACCUCCAUACCCCUGUAAUGUGUGCCCAGACCUCAAGCCCUGACCUACUGCAUCUUCCCCCACCCCCCGCUCAAUAGCUCUUGUCCCUCUUAUGAACAGAGGUUUUGAUUUUAAGUCAUUACUCUGUGUUGAAUUGUGUAGAUAAGAGGACCUGGCUUUCAGGCUGAUCUUGGAAUGCAGGGAAGGAUAGAGCAUCUUCCCAAGGCAAUUUCCUGCAUUUCCAGUUCAAAGUGGUAGCAUAAAAGCAAGAAUGCAUGAAGCAAGCUUAGAAGAAUUCUGUAGCUUUCCCUUAGGAUGCCCUCUUCUCAGAACAGAAGGCAACUGUCUAGAAUGCACAACACUGCUGAUUUUGCAGUGGUCUAUCAGCUGUGAUGACCAGUGUAAGGGGAAGCAACUUGGUUGUGUUUGCUAUGGAGGUUGGAUGCACAGGAACAGAGCAUCCUACCCCCUAAAUGAAAGCUUUGUGGAUACGUAUAACCAGCACAGAAUAGCUGCUGGAGUGCUGAGUGUGGACACGGGAAACACAGAUUCACAUUCCAGCUUAGCUUCUGAGCCAGUUGGAUGGACACUGACAAGUCAUUAUCUCCCAGCCUCAUUUACUGGUUUGUUCACUGCAAUUCCUUGUAGAAAGGUUGGGAAACUAAUACUAAAACAAAUGCAUAUAGUGCACUGCCUCUGCCAGUGUGUAAUCUUUCUCAUUUUAACAAAGUCCAGCUCUCAAAAGCAGGAGACGAUAACUAGAAAAUUUGACUGAGGAUCCCUUUAAAUGUCACCCUAACCACACCGGAGCUAUUUUUCUGUGAGCAGUUCCUGUACAGCUGGAGUAAAUGUUUAAAUGACCACCCACAUGGUCGAUCUUUCUCAUGGAAUCAAUACCCAGAAACCAAAGGAGAAGCUUAUUCUGUGAUCAGAUCCCACAUGAUUGGCCCUUUCACAUCUGGAUUUUAAAGGCUCCCAUAGUUGGUGGGGGAGCUGCUUAUGGAAAAGUGCCCCUGGAGGGACAGGGAGGAAUAAUGUUUAAAGGGUCCCUGGGACAACAUAUUAAUAUUAAUAUUAAUGGGUGAAAGUUGCAAAAUUAUAUUCCUGAAAAGAAUGCAGAUGAAGUGGACUCUGCUGUGGUCUCUGCUGUUUCAGGAUCCAUUAUUCAUAGAUUUGAUUGGGACCUGCCACUCGGAAACAAUGAACCCAAACAUUCUGAGAUUGAGCGACAUUACCAGGUACAAGACACACAUGGCCAGAGGACUGACCUUUUUCCCACCGGACAUCCUGGGCACUAUGUUGAAGGAGGGCAAACUGUUGGUGGAUGAAACCGGAGCUCUCACACUCCCACCGGAGGUACAGUACUCAGUUUUGCACCCCUGGAGGUAGAUUCCGCAGAAUCGGUGAUGUCUUGGUGCCCAUGCUGAGUUUGCAAGUGAUCACAGUUGCUAGACUUAGAUGGGAAGCUCAGGCCUGGGGACUGAAUGUUGUCUUCAGUAAGAUGUUAGUCUUUGGUUUAGGCAUACACCUCUCCUUUUCCCCCCUUUUAGAUGCUGGAUGAUAAACCUCCUGAAGAGUACCCUGCCCUUGAGCCCAUGGUUGAAUAUUUCCAUGACGGUGUAAGCAGUGACCUCACGGUGUUUCCUCCCCACGUUAGCCUUAGCAUCAAGGAGUAUGAUUUUGGCUGUUGUGCAAAGCUUCAAGAGGUACAACCACUCCCUUUCUGUGUGACCAAUCACACAAAGGGAAAAAUCACAGUUAUAUGGACAAACAAGCCACAUAGUCCUUUUCAAGUGCUCCCAGAAAUUUGUGACAUCCCACCUCUGAAGACUAUGGCUUUCCAUGUCACCUUCAAGCCUUCUUUGCUCAAUUCCAUGUAUGCAGCUGAACUGGAGGGCUUUGCCUUCUAUAAGGUGAGUAGAAAUUUGGUGUCCAAAGCAUUGACAUUUAUGGCACAGAAAUUCUCGGCACAUCCACACCAUAUAUUUAAAGCACAUUCAAUGCACUUUUAAAGCCUAUGACUUCCUCCUAAGAAACUGUCGUUCCGUCCUCACAGAGCUAGAAUACCCAGCACCCCCAACAAAUUACAGUUCCCAGGAUUCUUGGGGCGAAGCUAUGUGCUUAAAGUGCAUUUGCUUAAAUAUAUGGUCCCAUUGUCCCGGGUUAGGAAUUUCCCCUGGUCAUGAGGACAGCAAGAAAAAAAAAGAUGGUUCAAUCAUCACAAUGUGGGCUGGCUGGCUGGCUAGUACAGAACCUUUUGGCAAAAGCGCUCUCUAGCAAAACGUUAAAUUGCCACAUCCGCUGAGAAGACAAGAGGGAACAGGUUUAAAAACAGAAAUGAUGAUUAGUGAUGGGAUUCCUGCUGAAGGGCAGUUUUGUUCUCUUUCUGAUACAAAAUUUUGGCUUGGAACCCCAUGGCAGGGCAAUAAGGUAGAGCACAGAUGAAGUCCUGCUGUAUCGUGCUGCUCAUCAGAGAGAUCCAGCAUACCCUAGUUUGGUUGUAAGUCACUUUGGCUUGUCUUUGGCAGGUUAAAGCGACUAACAAAUCUUAAAAUUAAUAAUAUUUUGUUUGUUGCUGGCAGGUGCUGCGGAACUUCAACAACAUUGAGGAGCCCAUCACCAUGUGCCCAUCCUGGGACUUAGCCAUCUCCUUGCGUGGACACACUUUUCAACCUGGGCGGCAGCACUUUAUCCCCAAGUACGACUUGGACUGUCACAAGGUGAGAGGGAUAGCCUUCGCCUUCUGGGGUGGGGUGUUUCUCAUCUACUGCCUGCAAAGUAGAAAGGAUUCAUUGUUAGUUUUGUGCGUCUGCAAUGUGUUUUACAAUCUUUCUUUUGUUUCCCUGCAAUAAUGAGAUGUUGGUUUCUAUUCUUUCCAUUUCCCAGAAAGGAACAAAUUUUGGAAAGUCAUGAUGAGGACACCCAGUGGCCACAGAGAUGAGCACUUGCUGAUCUAGGCAUACUGGAUUGAGGGCUCAUUCAGUCACUCCAGCAUUCUUUCUGCUUUGGUGUACUUACAAACCUAGCCAGAGCCUUGCAUUGUGUACUUUCCUGAUAAAGUAGAAAUUGGAGUGGCUUUCUUGAUCUCUUCCCUUUCUUCUUCUAUUUUGGGGGAAAUUAUUAUUUUCUCCUUAGCAGAGUUUCUGGGUUAGCGUGUCUCGGCUGGUGCCUCAACCCAGUCAGUGACAGCAGAGGUCAACAAGGGGUCCACCUCCAAGGGGAAAUACCUGCCAGUUUUAAAGUAUGGUAAAAGCAUAUUUGCAGUCCCUCCCUUUAUUUCUGGAGUCAAAGUUUGCCCAUCUGUAAAAUGGGAACAAUAACAAAGGAGGCCAUUUUUCCUAUUCUUUACAACAGGAGGCACUUGUUCAAGCCUGGUUUUUUGAACUAAACCAUACCUCCUUUAAUUCUAUUUGGGUGUGUACAGACUUACAACAUUUGAGUGGUGAGCUUGCUGUGGAUGCACACUUGUGCUUUGGUCCAUUUAAGCUCAGGGGAAACCCAUACUUCCAAUUUGCACUUGAAAAGGCUGUGCACAGUGCUGAUCGGCCAGCCCUUAUGUCAAUCAAUAAAUCUUUUCCCCCACCCACCCACACCCAGAGCAGGUUUUAAAGCAUAAAAGUGUUUUAAAACUCCCCCCCCCCUUAAAAACAGUGCUGAACAAAUGUUUGAUCAGAUAAAUAGGCAAGGUGCUUGGAAAGCAAGACAGAAACCCCGAGUGUGUGUCCUGUGAGAGUAUGGCAGGAAGCUGAGGUAACUCCACAAUAGAAUCAUGUGUGCACACUUCCCUUUGCAUGUGCAUCUGUACGUCACCUCUGAAUCACCCCCCUCCCUUCCAAAAUGAGGUUAAUUUUUGCACAGGUGUAGCUUGCAAAAGACUCCAGGAUUGUAAUCAUUGGGUAGCUGUGCAUGCAUGGGAUUUUAAUUUUGUUCUUCUACGCCAGUCAAUAAAAGGGAUAGGAACGUUAAACUCAUGGAUGUGAUCUUGGAAAGUGAGUCAGAUUUUAUGCAUUUUUUGUGGCCCUUGUUGUUUUCUAUGUCUUUUGAAGAAGUGCAGCCUUUCCCAACUGGCUAUUCAAGGCAGAGAUGCUAAGAAGAGAAGAAUGCAGAUGAGUUAUUCCUCCAACCAGAACCUCUUCCUGUCUUUUAGGUCUUCCCUCCGGUGAGCCCAAACAUCACCACGUAUCGCAGCAUGCUGCUCUCCAACGUGGGUAGCACUGCCAUAAGCUUCAGCCUAAGCCGGGAGAAGUGUCCUUCCAUCCUAGUGAAGCCCAACUGUGGGUAUAUUGCACCUGGAGCUCACCAGAUUGUUCUCCUCUCAACUUGCCCAGUGGAAACAUCUAUACAGCAGCACAUCUUGUCCAUGCAGUUCAAUUUCUGGCCCUCCUUCACCCAGGUAGGGGCAGGAAGAGGUAGACUCUUCCUUUCAUUCUCUGCCCCAUUUUAUCACUAUAUGGUGAAGAGGGACAUACCCCUUCACCCUGUCUGUAACAUCCUGGAAUAGCUCAGUUGGUAUAGCAUGAGGCUCUUAAUCUCAGGGUUGUGGGUUCAAGCCUCACGCUUGGCAAAAGAUUCCUGCAUUGGACUGCAAUAGGAUUCUGGUAGUCCCUUUCAAUUCUACAAUUCUGUGACCCCUAAUUUUUUUAUCUUAAUAUUCUAAUGAUUUGGAGGCUAAGCACACCCCUGCUGUAAUAGUUCAAUGUGAGAGCAUUUGUUUAGCCUUUAAAAAAAAUGGCUACCCACUCAGCCCACAGCAGUACCAUUUUUUUAAUCUCUUUUCUUUAGUUUGACGCUUCAAUACUUGAGGUGAUUCUUUUGAGGAGCCACACUAUUCGUGUGACUAUAAUUUGUUUUAAAUGGUUUUUAAUGUUGUAUUUUAAAUUAUUGUGAUCCUCCUUGGAACCUUAGGAUGAAGGGCGGGUAAUAAAUAAAAAUAAUUCUUUGAUGCACUGGAAACUACAUCUACCCUAUUUUUUAAAAGUAGUAUGGUUUUUGGUCGUCUUCCACAUGGGCUGAAUGAGGUUGAAGUACAAAUUAUUUUUGCUUUUCUUUCUGUUUAUCAGCUGCAAAAUAGGUCCCAAGACAACCUGUAAUACUUAAAAUCAAAAUUAUCAGUUUAGGUCAGGCAAGAUUUAAAACUCCCCAAUAAUGUAUAGAAUCCAUCAAAUAAAACUGUUUUCUGAUGCAGUGCAGCAUAAACUAGAUAAACCAUGAGGAAAGGAAAGCUGUUUCUUGUUAUUUAGCUCCUUGCUAUUGUAGGUCCAUGUGGUCAGCUGAUUUCUGUACAAAAGUCCUCGGGUGGGUAGGUGGGAGUUGUUUACUUUCUUCUCCUUCUGCCCAAACACCUUGCAAAUGUCUUCAGUGUAUUCUCUUAACUAUCAUGGACAUAAAAAGGUGAUGCACUAGUAUUCUAGUGACUAGAUUAAAUAUUUUGUUCGACUGCUUAGAUCUCAGCUGUUUGGGGAAGCUGAGGCUCUGCUAGCAAAGAACACUUCAAAAGGCAAAAUAACCUGCUGAUGGGUUGGAGGCAGGUGGCCAGCCAUCACUUCACUGGUAGCUCUGGUGACAUUUAAGUGACUGCAUUCUAUAUGGUGAUCACAGCCAAUGUACAAGAUAACUGGUUUAACGAUUGUUGUUGUUUAGUCAUUUAGUCGUGUCCGACUCUUCGUGACCCCAUGGACCAGGUUUAACUAUUAUGAAAACAUAAAAGAAGUGCUCUGUUAGAGGAUGCUCCUACGUCCUCUGUAAUAUAUGAAUAACAGCUGUCAUGAAUUGAGGAGAGACUGUUGCUCAGAGGUAGAGCAUGUGUUUUGCAUGCAAGAUCAGUCCCAUAUAUCUUCCUGGGAAGGAUUCUUUGUCUAAAGUCCUGGAGAGCUGCUACCAGUCUGUGCGAAUGGUCCUGAACUAGAUGAACCAAUGGUUGGAAUCGGUAUAAGGCAGCUUCCUAUGUUCCUGUGCUUCUUACGUCGCCUUUAAUGAUUGGGAAAAUUGGUUCACGAGAGAAGGCCUUCCAGCACAUGCACACGUUUUGUUUAUAUCAGCCUUCUUUAAAUAAGCUUCCAAAAGUUUCUAGCCUGCCAAAAAAUUGUCAGGCUGGAAACUGACAUGAAGAUAGAGAAUUAAACCACAGUGGCAGCUUGCUUUGUUUCUCUCCUGGGUGAAGAGGAGAUUUGGAGUGCUGCAUCUCACAUCUGCCAGGCUAUUCUUGCUCAAUCUAGGUGCUAUAGACGAUGUUUAUACACCAUCCCAUGCACACACCUUCAUGCAGUUCCUGGUUCAGUAUAAUGGUUUACCUUGCACUUGAAAACCGUUGUUUAAUGGCACUUCUAGAACUUCACAAAUGGAAAUAAUUAUUUUGGCAGCGUUGCCCUUGUGCCUCCUUCUGUGUAUUGUCUCAGUUUUCCCAGGCCUGUCCAUGCCAGCCUAGAACCUAGCUCAACUUUCCUGUGAAAGUGCUGUGGCUUUCAACAUUGGCUGAAGAUUCUUGCUGAUGUUUGCUUCCUCAGGAGCUCCACCUUCAGAGCAGCGCUGAGCCCCUGGUCUUGCUAUUAGAAGGGGAUGGCUGCCUGUACUUCAAACCCACAUAUGUGGGCAGCUCUUCCUCACGCACCUUCACUAUCAAGAACUGCACCCGGUUACCCAUGCUCUUCAGGUGGAAAAUCCAGCAGUCAGACAAAAACCUUUUAUCUGUACAGCCUGCUGAAGGGACUAUAUUGCCCAAUGAAGCUUUGGUGAGUAGACCUUGGUCACUGUUUCCACUAAGCAAUCUGAAGCAAUUACAUUGAAAUAUAGCAAAGUCCUCCUUGGGCCAAGCCAAAGAUACCAAUAAAUGUGAAACCAGUGCCAAGACAAAUGUUUUGUUAGAUAUAUGGACUCACCCCUUCAUGCUUCUGGGUGUGGAAGUGGGGAGGAGAGGAAGUUGGGUUCUCCCUGUGGGUUCUCCUGUGUCCCUAGCAACUGGCUCACCCAGAUGCUUCAUCCCAGAAAGGCAGAGUGCUGUGAAUCCCCGCUCAGCCUUCUCUUUUGUAUGCGAUUUCAGGCUCAGACAUGGACCUUCACUCCCAGUGAGCAAAUCAAAUACCUUCUGCGGAGUUGGGUGAUAGUGUGGAGAGAGCAAGAGAUUCUGGAAGACAGUACCCCAAAGACUGCCCACUAUAUCCUGCGGGUUAUCGGCGAAGGAUCACAGGGCACUUUAACAGUAAGGGACAGCAUACGGGGCAGGAGAAGUAAUCAAGACCAUGUUGGAAGAGGGUGGAAGUCCAAUCACAGAGCUUGAUAGUUUAAGCAUACCCAGAUGACACCUGGCAUUUAUGGAAGCCUGGACAUAUCCCUUCCAGUUGGUAGUGCUACUAAGCCUUUACCUGCUGGCCAGUGCGGUUUUUUCUAGAAAAAAAGUACUGCUCAGUUGCAAGGAGGGGUGUGUGUGUCGGAGGGUGAACACUCUGUACUUUGUCAGAGGCACACUGCUCUUUUCCAAUGCUGGCAUCAUCACUUGGCACCAGUGAAUAGGCCAACAGGUUUUGGGAAUGGCUGUGCAAAGCAGGAUGGAGGUUCUUAUUCCUAAGAGUGCCCACUGUUUUUGCCGUCAUCCAGCCCACAGUUGACCUUUGCUGGCAGAGCAGCAUUUCCUGCCACACGCUCGCCCCUUCCAUGAGUGACAUUGCCCCAUGGCUGCCCUUCUGCAGCUUGCUGCCGUGCUCUCUGAUGGGAAAAUGGAGGACUGCUUGCAUUUCCUCCCCUCGCCAAGCAACACUGCAAGGUAUACCCAGAACAGCAGAGCACCGAGCGGCUCCUCUGUCCACCCUUUGGCCAUGCUCAGCAGCAGUGCCCUAGCCCUUGCUUUGCUCUGGUGUGUGGAUUUGCCCCCAGGCCACGCAAGAGGCUGGGAGAAGAGGGUUUUGCUCGGGGAAAUAGCUGCACCCACCAGAGAAGGUGAGCAGAUUUGACAAAAAUAACUUCCUGGAACUGUGUUCUGGUGGGUUCCACCAGGGGGAAAACCCCCACUGCUGCUGGCACUGAUGGAUUGAAUAGCGAUCCUAAUGAGACCCUUGGCCUACCCCCCUGAUGCUAUUCUUUCCCCUCAGUGUAUUAAAUUUCAGAAUUUAUUUGCAUGGAAUACCCAUUGUCAGCGUCUCUUAAUAAACUUCCUGUGUUGUGCUUGCUCUGCAGGGACAAAAAGAGCAGGUAGCUGUUGGCAACAUCCUGGUUGGCAGCACACAGUCAUGUGAAUUUGCCUUCUUUAACAAUGGAGCCUGCUGCUUGAAAUACGUCCUUAGUGUGGAGCAGUUGAUCACUGGACCAUGUGACCCUGAAGAAGUUGCCAGUGACUCCUUAGGUAUUUAAUGGAAAGACAGAUUUCUUGUGCUUUGCAGCUGCCUAAAGUCUCUCUCCAUCCAUACUCACAAUUUUGUUUUUUCUCUUUCCUCCUCACAGCAAUAGAACUUGACCACUACAAAGGGACAAUUCCUGCUCGGGGAAAGAUCUUUGUACGCGGGAUUAUUAGGCCGACCCGCCAAUUGCACUACAUCUGGACAAUCUAUUAUGCCAUUUCCACUCCCAAAGGUGAGAAAUGGAAAGUAUGAAAGCAGCCUCACACCAAGGAUAUUAUUAAUGGGGUGGGCUCAGCAGGGAGAGGUUCCACACCAGAUGAAAAGGCUCCAUCUGUUUGACUACACAUCAAACCUAUAGAAAACCUGUGCAGCUGAGGAAUGAGUGAUGUGGUAAUAGAAGGUUUAGCUUAAAUUUUGGGAUUGUGAGGCAGAAAGAGAGCUCCCCUUUUUAUCUUAUUUGCUUCUAUCUUCCCCUAUUCUGCCCUCAAAUGAAUAUCUGGCAUUGGGGUUCAGGGUCUCCUUUGUUAAACCUGAGGGCUUUCUCUCACAAUCGAAGAAAGUGUGGACCCCAACCCUCUUUAGUCAUUUGUGGAAAGCUCAUAUAGAUCCACUUCACUGACAGAAAUGCCCAAGACUUCUAUGUGCAGUAAUAGACUGAACAGAGAAGGGAAAAGUCCUUCUGUUGUUCACCCAAAAUGCAAACUGGUUUGUAGGCUCCCAAACUGUAACAGGGAGUGGAGAAAUUAUGAAGGAUGGUGCAGAAACCUCAGGGGCUUGUCACCCCUUCCCCAAAAAGUAGAUCCCACAAGCUUGACAUCUGCCCUCCCUUGACUUAAUUGUCAGUAAUGAUAGCCAGGAGGUGCUGGUGACACUUGCAGAACAAAGCUCAAUUCAGCAUUAUCUGGGGAAAGAAAUCAUACUACAGUGGUGCCCCACAAGACGAAUGCCUCGCAAGACGGAAAACCCGCUAGACGAAAGGGUUUUCCGUUUUGGAGGUGCUUCACAAAACGAAUUUCCUAUGUGCUUGCUUCGCAAGACGAAAAUGUCUUGCGAGUUCCUGCGGGGUUUUUUUCCUUUCCCCCCCUUUUUCCCAAGCUGCUAAACCGCUUAUCAGCUGAUGGCUAAGCCGCUUAUCAGCUGAUCUUUAAGCCGCUUAACAGCUGAUGCUAAGCCGCUUAUCAGCUGAUCUUUAAGCCGCUUAACAGCUGAUGGCUAAGCCGCUUAUCAGCUGAUCUUUAAGCCGCUUAACAGCUGAUGCUAAGCCGCUUAUCAGCUGAUCUUUAAGCCGCUUAACAGCUGAUGCUAAGCCGCUUAUCAGCUGAUCCUUAAGCCGCUUAUCAGCUGAUCUUUAAGCCAGCUAAGCCGCUAAUACUGUAGCGCUAAGCCGCUAAACCUCUAAUGGGCUUGCUUCGCAAAACGAAAAAACCCGCAAGACGAAGAGACUCGCGGAACAGAUUCUUUUCGUCUUGCGAGGCACCACUGUACUGGUCCAUCUGGUGCUGUAGCUUCUAGGUUUCAGAUAGGGGUCUUUCCUAUUUGGAGAUACUGGGGAUUGACUGAAAGAGCGUCUGCUCUCAUAAGAUAUCCUCUAGCUGUGGCCCCCUUUCUAGGAAAAGCAUUUUAUGCAGUAGAAAAACACACAGUCUGCAAGAAGUAGCACAGCCUUGAGGGAGAUUUGCAGUCCACAAAUGUGGGGAAAGGGAGACAUUUAACAUCUAUAAAAUAAAAAUAAAAGUUUUACUUUUAUGAUGCCUAGUCUGCAAGUCUGUUUUGUCUCCCCAUGCAAGCCGCGAAUCCUCUUGGGGAAAAGCAGCCGCUUUGCCAGGUGACAGCAACAGGUGUCUAUCCAUCCAUCUGCAUCACGGAUGCCUGUGGGACAGGAAGUGCCAGUGGCAUCAGUAAGCUGUUUCUCUGGCGACUUUUCUCUUUGGAGGCUCUGAACCAGUAUCUGGAGGUAGAUCCAACACCACAGGAGCUCACCUUCAGAGUGCCUACCAGGCAUAGGUAAGAAUAGUUCAUCUUCUGCCAGAUCCUGAACCCCUAGUUCUUCUGUUUCAUACACAGGCAUACAGUACUCCUGAUUUCCUCACAGUCUGAAACAACAACUUCCUUCCCUUUUCUAUUCUGGCAAACAAGUGCUAGGAAAUAUGGUGUGAGUGUGCGCCAGACUUGGGAUUUCCAGCCCCACCAUGGAACACCUCCUCAUGGAUUUUUCUCACAUCCUAUUUCUCUUUCAUUUGAAGCACACGGCUAAUCCCUCCAGUUUACACUCCUGUCAUGCUGGAUUUCAACUUCGGUGCAGCUCCAGUCAGAAGUGUGCCCUCAGUAGUUGUGCUGAUGCUACAAAACAACGGGGGGAUACCCGUGAGCUGGUGAGUAAUCCUCACUUCCUGGCCCUAACGAAGGAGGGAAUAGUUAGGACAGCCAUGUAGAAUUCUGAUGGCAGGCAUCUAGAACAGCCACCCACCCUAGCAGGAACUUACAUAGGACUUGGCUUCUUUAACAUGCAAAUACACAAAACCUCUGUUGGAAGGACUGCUAGUGGCCAGGUUGCAGGUCUUUAUGUCCCAAAGGGCUCCUUGGCCCCCUGUAUGGCACAACUAAAUGUUUAUCGCUUUAGAGAUUCCUGCACUGCAGGGAGUUGGAGUAGAUGACCCUUGGGGUCCCUUCCAGCUCUAUGAUUCCAUGAACUAAAUACAUGCACAGUAAAGACAGGGACUGAUUGUGUCUGUUAGGAGAAGCAUCUUAACAAUAAGAGCAGUUCAGCAAUGGAACCAAUGGCCUAGGCCAGGGUACAGAGGGCUCCCUAUUGCUAGAGAUAUUCAUAGCAUCAAAGAACUGCACAGUUGGAAGGGACCCCCAAGGGACAUCUAGUCCAACCCCCUGCAAUGGCAGACUCAUACCUAGGAGGCUGAGGAUACUCUAGCUCUCAAUUACUUUCUCAAGCAAGAAGUUGGACUAGGUGGGCCAUCGUCAGCUUUUCCUGGGUGCAGCAGUUUAUUUGUUUAUUUAAAUUUUAUGCCUAUUGCCCAGCUCAGGGUUGGGGAGCUUUGUCAAUGUGACCAUAAGGCAGGCUGCUCUCUUGGUUUUCAUAUCUUGAUUCUUUUUGGUUUCCAAUAUUAAGUGAUGCCUUUUGCUUUGUUCUGCCUGCUUCCCAGGGCCUUUCUGUUUCCUUCUGACCAGAGGAUUGAAAUGGAAUACUGGGCAGAAAGCACAGAGUUUGACCCCAGCGAGCUGCAUCAGAUGCGGAUCCAGGAUAACCAGCUUUUUGCCAUUUCCCCCAAGGCAGGAAAGCUUCUUCCAGGGCAAGAGCAAGCUAUACACUUAUCCUACAGGUACCUACAUGCAGUGGUUCCUUCCUUCCCCAGGUAGAAAUUGAUCCCAAACCCAAACGCCAAGGUCAACUCCUAAUUAGCGUCCACCAGCACAAGGGCCCCUUGAGUAUGCCAUCUUCUGUCCUUGGGCAUUAUCAAGGUUGUCUUAAGUGUGACACCCAGGCAGAAAAAGUCACCCUCAUUAACAUAGCCUUGCACCAUGAAAAAGCCAACAGCUGCAUGGAUUCUAUUUCCCCCAAGGCCCAAUUUUUCAGUGCUCUGAGUUUGUAGAAAACAAGGCAUUUCUAGGUGAACAUAUCUGUCCAGACAUAUCUGUCCUUCUGGCACUUUAUGCAACAGUUCAGCUCUUAGCAGGUAAAUGUAUUGUCGCUAAUCUGCUGUUUGAGGCAGGAUUCUCCUGCUUAAAAGUCUGGAACGGUUUCAUCUACGUGUGUUUCUGAUAUUGGUUUUUUGUUUCCCCCUGCCAGACAUGAUUUCAUUGGCACUGAUCGGCUUCCAGUCCUGCUGAAGAUCUCCCAUGGCCGAGAAAUUCUGGUACGAUACUGAGCUGAGAGGUUCAGAAACUGUCCUCACUGGUGAGGAUUUCUAAAACCCUUUCCUAGAGCCAGUCAGGCUCCUUUAAUGGUAUAGCAGUAGGAGACAUUGUUUCCUGAAGCUGCCUUCUCUUGGAUGGAGGGACAAAGUAUACCUUUUGGUAUUAUUAUUAUUAGUGCUUUUUUUCUAGAAAAAUACUCACCAUGAAGUUGUUAGAGUAAGUGCUACACUUUAACAACAAAAAAAGAGUGAUGCCAGUAGUGCGUACUCUUGAGUACCCCCCCAAAAGCACUGAUUAUUGUUAAUUAAAUUUGUAUACUGUCCUAUACCUGCAGGCCUCAGGUAUUCACACCUUAAUCUGUCCUAGAACUAUAGGUCUUCAUGCAUAGCCAUAUUUUAUUUCUGCUAUUAUACUCCCUGCACAGUAAGGCCACAUGGAUGGCAGAAUUUUCCCUUCAGCAAGCACUUUUCUAGGAAGCAUCCUCUCAUUACCAGGUCUCUGAAUCCUCCUCCUUCGCGCAGAGACCUCACUUUUGGCUCACAUCCUAACUAGAUAACUUUGUGGAGGGCUGUGGGACACAUCAUUCCUCCCAAGCAGAAACAUGAGCCACAGUCCUUUUAUUACUUCAUGCCAUCUUCCCUUAUGCCACUCGUGUUUCCUGCAUUUGGUUGUCCUCAAAUUCUGAACUUUGCCUGCCUUCCCUGUUUUUUUCCUCUCUCUCCUUCGACUUGUCAGUUAGAGUCAAAGUCACCUUGUGCUCCAGUGGGCACCUUUCUCAUGGCCCACUGAACCUCAACUAGGUGCCCAAGAUUUCCUGUGAGAGUAUUGUGUUCCCAUCACCCUUUAUUUUUCUUUUCCCCGCUGCCCCACUUCAGGGACCAUUGUCAGCUGAAAAUCCAGCCUGUUGAGCAGGCUGUGAAAACACAAGGCUUAACUGUGCCUUUGUGCAAAGCCCUUGGAUGGGCUCUCUUGGCUCUGCCCAUUUGGCACAGGUCUUGAUGGCUGCCCAGAGGGGCAGCUGAGUGCAGGGGUCCCAGCUGGGGGGCACACAUCCUAUUCAGCCAGGUGGCCAGAAACUCUUUAACUACAUGUUCCCUAAACCUCUUCAGUGGGAGAGUUAAAGAGGAGAAUUCCUGACAAUGCUGCCAAGCUAUUCCCUGAAGUCAUACUGCUUCAACUAUCUUCGAAGGGUAAGAGUGAAAGACCCUUCAUUUCAUACUGUUACACUUUCCUCUGUAUGGCCCCUCUGAGUGAAGCAAGCGCAAGGUGUCUUCUGCUUUUGUAAUCCGUGUGUUUGUGAUCUGCAUGGUACAAACUAAGUCUAUUCCUCACCCCACCCCUACAAUUAUUCUGCAUCUGCAGCUGAACUUUAUUGGUGUGACCCUGCAAAUGGAGUGCCGAUACAUUCACUUCACUUCAACCAAGCAUAUGUUCACGCCUAUUGCUAUUGGCACCUAUGACCCUCCUAAACAGGUGAGGCAUCAAAAGUCUUUCUCCCCCACCGCCCCCCCACCCUCCCAACAGAAUGUUGUAAAGCAAUGAGGAGAAAAGAAAAUUCAAAGGUCCAGAUCUGUAAGGGCAGGUACCUCCCAAGAGAAGGAACAGUAUAGAAUUAAAGAUAAACAGUGUUUCUGUGCGUUCUGGCCUCCGUCACAGUGUUCCGUUGUGCCAGCAGUGGUUCAGUCAUGUUGGCCACAUGACCUGGAAAGCUGUCUGCAGACAAACGCUGGCUCCCUCAGCUUGAAAACAAGAUGAGCACUGCACCCCAUAGUUGCCUUUGACUGGAUUUAACUGUCCAGAGGUCCUUUACCUUUACCUAGUUUAGAAUUAUCAGCAUGGAAAAAAUUAUGGAAAAACACAACAAAAUUCUCAGCAUGUUACACAAUUAGAGAAAACACCCCCAAAAUGAUCUUCAGAUGGCAUUUAAUGCCCAGCAAACUGGUUAAAAUGUAUAAAAGAGGCUCCAACUUAUGUUGGAAAUGUUUAGACAAGGAGGGAUCGUUAAUCCACAUGUGGUGGUAAUGCGAAUUUGCAAAAAAAUAUAUGCUGGGGAAUGAUUUACUAAGAACUGAAGAAGAUGCUUAAAUGUUCCUUUCCCAAGAAGCCAGAAGCAUUCCUGUUAGCUAAAAUAGGACAGGAAAUUCCAGAUCAAGUAAAAAACCUCUUCCUUUACGCAACAGCAGCAGCAAGGGUACUAUAUGCUAAAAUGUGGAAGAAGAAAACCCCGACCAAAGACCAGUGGUUGCUUAAACUAAUAGAAUAUGUAGAAUUCGCCACGAUGAUGGCCAAAAUAAGAAAUACAAAGAGAAAAACAGUAUUAAGCAAGUGGAAACAACGAGGAGUAUUUAAAAAUAAGCGGUAUAAAUAUAAAUUUACAAGUAGGGUUAAAUAUAUGAACACUAGAAAACACAACAAAGAGUGAAAGGAGGGGAAGGAUUGGAAAGCUUUAGGAGUUGCAGCAAACUAAAGUGACUGGGUUCGCAUGUCAAGGAAAGAUAGGCUGGGAAGUCCAGAUGAGAAGAGUUAGGAGAUGAUGUAUGAAAUUGGAAUAAUUAUAACUGACUGUAAAUGAAAAAUGUGCAAACAAAUUAAAAAGUAAAAGAAAAAAAAGAGAAGUAACAGGGUGAUAGGUGGCAGAAGAAACGUCAUGCUUUGGGCGAGAGUGAUGUUACAAACUAUAAAGUGAGCAUGGGUUUUCUAGUGCUUUUUUAAGGUCAAGGCAGGCAUAGGGACAUUUGCAGGGGAGGACUGGUCACCAGUUGUCCUUUUCAGCAGCUACUCAAUGCCAUUUGAAUUCAUUUCCUGCAAAGGGUUCAUCCAGAGUUCCGCUUGUCUCACUGCUUUCUCCUGGAAAACCUGCUAUUUAGCACUGAAUCAGAGCAAACAUCAGUCGGGUUUUCUGUAUAUUGAUGUUUGCUCCGAUUCAGCGCUAAGGAGAGGGCUUUCCCUCAGACAGCGGCGGGACAAACAGAAAACCACUCAGACCCUCUGGGUCUGACAGGCACAACACAAGCUGAAAACCGCAUGGACCCAUGCUUUCUAGGCCUAGGAGAAGUGGAAGUGUGGAUGAGCCCAGAGACUGGAAUGUCUGACAGGGGGUGGAGAACUGCUGGAGGAGUAUUUGCAUGGGAGAAUCACUUAACACAAGGGUUCAGGACCUCACUUUUUUCCUGUUGAUAUUUCUCUAUAAAUCCCCCUCUGCUCCUGCAUUUAAUUUUCCUUUGUGCCCAGCAGUUAGACUGCACUCAACAGUCCACAUAAGGGAAAAGUGGCACUACAUGCUCAUUUAUCACACAUUGAUUGAUCCAGUCUCUUGCAUACAUAUUGUGGGAGAACCUUCUUCAUCCUGAUUUCAUCCAGUCCAUUUCAUUUGCCACAUAGCAGAGAAUGAUGUAGAUAAAAUACCUCAAAGAGAAUCCUUCUCUCAUAUCGUUUCCUGAACUGUUCCAAGCGUUCUGAGAAAAUACUGCUGGCACAGAUUGAUAUAGAACUUUGGAAUUCUGCUAAGGAAUAACACUUAAGAUUGUAGCUGCCAGGCUUAGGUUUCCUCUAAUAGGGACUACAUAGUAGAAGACCCAGUAGAAGCCACACCAGACCAUGUGAGCAUCUUGAAAGCCAGUGCUGACCAGUCUUUCCCCUCUCUUCUUGCAGAUCUAUGAACUGUACAAUGGAGGUGCCACAACUGCAAUGUAUGAAAUCCAAGUGGAUGCUCUGAUGAAAGUACAGGAAGAAAAUUACCAGCAUGGGGUGUUUGUCUGCCUGAAUCCAAGAGGAGAGAUUGGUCCAGGCUUGACAGCACACACGGAAUGGAUCUUUUCACCAUUGGAAGCCAAAAUGUACUCGGUGAGGCUGGCACCCUUAAGAACAAGCACUUUCCUUUGGGAGUUUGUGUCUCAUAGCAUUCCUACCUAGCUGAUUAGAACUUUCUUCUUUGACUGCCCUUAUUCACAAGAGUUCUAAUACAUUCCCAUAUUGUUCAUUGCUGCAUAACUCCUGCUGGGGCAGCUGCUUCUUGGCCCUUCCAACUUUCAGCCCCCAUUGCUGCCCCAAAGCUGCAUUACAGUGUGAAUUCCUAAGAAUGCAAACUUGAUAUGUGACCAACACCUUUUUAUCUGAGAGCUUUUUAUGCACAGUCAGCCAAAACAAGCUCCAGGUGCAUUUUAGCCUUUGCAGGAUAUGCUUCCCAACACACUUUUAAUCAGGGCUGCCAGAAGGGCCAUGGCCCCGGGUGUGGGUGGAGGGGGCAUGAACCAGGUGCCCACACACCAGCGCCCCCUCCUGGUGUCAGAGGUACCAACACUCGCCGGGCCAUUUGUAUUCACCUCCUUGACUUUCAUUCCUUACCUUGGGCGAACAUGGGAAUUGUGGCAAUUUCUGCUCCUGUUUCUGUUUCUGAUAUCCUUAAUUGCCACUGGAGAAUUAUACAACAAUCCCUUUUUAAAAUGUACAAAUUGGGGAAUACGGGAAGGAAGAGCUGGGCUAUACACCGCUGGUUAUGCCUCAGGCAAAAUCUAGUGAGUGGACGUAAAAUCCACACAACCACGUUCUAUACAAUUACAGCAGUGACAAGCAUACUAUCCGUGAAAAUUAUUGUCAUGUUUUCAUUAGUUACAAAAGACUGCAUUGUGACUGCUGGAAAAACAUAGCUGCAAAGCAACACAACCUUGCAGAAAGAUACAUGGAGAUUAACAAAUGAGAAACAACUGGGCAGUCAUUGCCCAAGGCCACAAUGGUGCAGGAAAGCCCUAAAAGUGGGGAGAAACUCUUGGUUUGUGUGCACAGUGGCUUAUCAAAAACACUAAAAUUGAUUAAAAUGACUCUGAACCAUGCACAACUAGGGCUUAAUUUGCAGAAUUCAAUCCAGAAAUCUGUUUCAGUGGUCAUCUUUGGCAUGUGUAAAAUAAUAGAAAAGAGUAUCAUUGAGCAUGUAAAAAGCACACUUGCCUUCCUAGGACAGAGAUUGUGAGCCUUAUAAGCUCUGUUUUUAGAUUUGAACUACCGACUGAAAUCUGAUUGGAACAUUUCCCAGCAAAAGGUAACAGGCCUAUUUUGCUUCUGUCUCUCCUUGCUUUUCCCUUGGGCUCUGACAUGAACAUCCUUUCCCUGAUUUAACUUGCAAGAUAGCUGCUGUACUCCAACAAAGCUGUUUUUGACUCUUAUUGAGCACCAGAGUAAAACCAGAGCCCUUCCAGUCGCAGCUUUGUGUUUCGUUUUUCUGCCUAGGUAGAGGUACCUAUCCACAUCCUUGAAGGGGACUCUGCUCUGAUUACCUUCCAAGGCAUAGGCUUCGAUCCACACGUUAUGGGUGAAUCAGCACAAUUCGACAAAGUGGUUUGUGCUGCGACAACUCCAGGUUCUGCCAAAUUAACAGUGCCUGGCCUGGUAAGUAUCAAAGGAUGGUGUGCUUCUAGCAUGGAAGAACGUUGGAGGGCGUAGAACAGAGAUUUCAAAUUGUAUGAGCCCUUGGCACCGCAAGAGCUAUACUUCUCUGUGUAGUCCUGUUUCCUCUUGAGUAAUGUGUUGUGUGAUCCUCCUCUCACCCAAACAGCAAUGGCUAUCUUUGUGCAAUUGGUUAAUUUAAACCAGGCCUAUGCAACUUGUGGUCCACGAACCACAAAAUCAGUGUUGUUUUUUCUUCAAGAACCAGGCAUGUAAUAGUAGUCUCCUAUCAUACUGCAGAUGUUUCUGGGUUUGCAUGUUUUGAAGAACUUUAUGUUGUGAUAUGAACCAGCAGUUUUUUACUGGAUAAACCAUCUGUUCAAUUUGCCCUGUGCUGUUGUCUUGCCAACAUGCAUUCAGAUUACAAGAGCCUCAGUAAUGCUAUUUUAUUUCCACUUCUGUGGCCCAUUUUGUUUGUGAUUUCUUAUUAAUUUUCUGGUGCUGUUUGAUUUGCUUUGUUUUAAAAUGUUAGCCUCCUUGAUCAACUAUGAUAUGCCCACAAGUAAGGAUGAGUAGCGCUAGGCUUUGCAAAACCCAGAUUGUUGACCACUGCAAGAAAGUAACUUGCAAAUGAAUCAUUGCUUUUUGAGAAUUGAGUGCUGCUUGUUCAGUCAUCUCUGGAAUGACACAUGAUGCUCCUUUGGUAGAAUUCUAUGGCCAGCUUCAGAUUUUGCAAGUGUGGUGUGAUUACUUCAAAAACCAAACCAAACAAUUCAGUAUUAUUGAAAGAUUCAUGCCACUGCUGCAACAUUUGUAAAUGGAAGCCACAGGGGUUGAUUGGGAUUGCAUGAUAGAGUUCAAAUGCCAGAGCCUGCAGCUGCAGCAGGGUGCAGCGCUGAUGCAGGGAUAUAGCAUGCUGCCCAACCAAUCUCCACAAUUGCUGCUUAUAAAUUUUAUAACUCUAGUGUAGAGGCCUUACCAUGUAGAGCCUUUUACCAACGUUGAAACAGGCGAAGUCAGUCUAAUGUGACUAUAUAGUAUGAUCCGUUAUAUAUUCAACAGUAGGGAGGUUCUGCAUGUGACACCUGAAAUAUUAUUUGAAGACUCACAUGCUCUUUCUCCAGUGAGGCUUAAGCUUUCUCUGAAAAUAUAUUCAUCAUGGAUGCAGUGGUGGUGAUGGAUGAGUAGAGCCAUCUCUUUUUGGCCAAAGUAGGAAAUGGGGCAGACGUGGCCUGUGUUGCUACGACCAUGACCUUCUCCUUCCCCUUUGGGUAGAAAAGAACUGGGAGAGGGGGGAGAACUGGAUGAGCACAGAAGGUUGUCCCCUUGAAGUACUGAGGUUUUGACCUAUAUUUGUGUGUUAACUAAGAAUUCUAAAUCUUACUGAGAUGUUGGUGGGAGGUUUUUGAGAUCCUGAUUAACCCUUUGCUUCAGCUACACUAGGAGUCUUUUCACAAUCCUCCCAUACGGAUGCCUCCUACUAGGAAAGCAUUGUUGUAAUUGGAUUGCAUCUGUAGCUGAGAGUUUUGUGAAACAGGCUGCUACCAUUAAUCUGUAUUUUUUUAGACAUGUUUCAUGCAUAUAGUGCUGCUUAAAUGUCUGUCACUGGUAGCACUGUGCUAGCUUCCUUUCACUGAGAGGGGUGGGUGGGGAAGGGGGAGACAAGAGAUCCCAUCUUGUUAGGAUAGGGGAUCACCCUCUGUUUAUUCUCUUUGCAGACGGUGUACUUAUCUCAUCCCCGGAUUUGUUUUGGCAACAUCCCAGUCUACAGUAAAUGCAGCCGACUCUUUUUUCUCAACAAUGCCUCCGAGAAUGAGGCCAUUGUUUUUUCUUGGCACACUGGGACUUCCAAUUCCAUGGUGGUGAGCUUCAUCUGUCUGAUUGCUCUUGGUCCCCUUUGGCAGUGUUGUGGCCUCUCCCACUGUGAUGCUGGAGUACUGAAAGCCACAUAGCCUCCUUUCCUAAUGGUUAGAAGCCAUAGCCCUGAAAACGUUCUGGUGGGGAUCCAUUAUGCACUGCUAAUGCUUCUGACAACCACUUUCUUUGUUUCAAGGUAAUGGACAUUAUUCCAGAGACUGGAGUUGUGCAGGCUGGGGAGAGCGUCUCAUUUGUUCUCACACUGUAUGCUGGUGAAAUUCCAUGCUUCUACAACAUAGAUUUGAUAUGUGAGGUGAGGAUUAGUGUGUACUUUAGAUCAUUACUUCUUUGAACACCAAAACCCAAGGAUGUUGCUAGAUUACUGAAAUAUACUUGACUCCAAUUACAUUACCUACUCCUAUAGUACCACAGUUGCAUAUCACCUAGGAAACUUACUGUAUGAGGUGACAAAUACAACAAACAAGGAUGUUGUUGAGCAGGCAUGGCUCAAUUUCCCCCCUCAUAAUUUCUCAGGGUGCUGCAGUUGAGGUUCGUCCUUGGUCCAAACACUUGUAGUUGCUGCUCUGCAACCACCUUGUUCCCUCUUUGAUUGUGUGUUAACUAAGAAUUCUAAAUCUUACUGAGAUGUUGGUGGGAGGUUUUUGAGAUCCUGGUUAACCCUUUGCUUUGAUUGGUUGGACAAGUUAUUGUUUCCACACAUUUGGUGUAUAAGGUCAGAAAAUAAAGUCAGAGUUUUGUUAGAAAUUCAUACUUAGCAGACAUAUGUCUAUAGGCAGAGCAAGUUUUUCAUCAUCUCAGAGUACUGAAGUAGCAGGAGUGCAAACUUGCAGAAUGCUGAGUUAAUCAUAGGUUUGUCCCCUGUAGAUUUUUACCCAGCACCCACUUGAUCAGUAUGAGAAAGAGCUGCAAGAAUGGGAAGCUGAGAAGGCGCGCCAGGCUGUGGAGUUCACCAUCACAGAGAAAGACCUGGAUACACAGAAUAACCUGAAACAGUUUCCAGUGGUAAGUUGGCCUUCCAGAGAGGGAGAUUUUAGCACUGAAAAAAGAACAGUACAGCUUCUUUGGAUGGGUUUUCUGUUCAAAGUGACACCUGCAUCACAUGAUUCUAUUGGUGGUUUGCAAGCACAUGUAGGGCAAAAAGUGACUUAAGUGAAGAUACGCAUCUUUGUAGUGGUGGACUGGUCAGGCACAAAUGAGACUUGAGUCCCACAAUUGAGAAAGCUAUUUGAGUAUUCAGACUUUACAGAUACCGUAUUUUUCGCCCCAUAGGACGCACCUAGUUUUUUGGGAGGGAAAUAAAGGGAAAAAAAAUUAUUUCCCCCCCCAGGUGCGGGGCUGAGCCUGAGCUUCCCCCGACCCCAGCCCCCAGAACAGGCUGCUAUCCGCAAGCGUAGAGCUGCACGAAGCUUGGGGCGUGCUGAGCUCAGCGCGCCCCAAGCUUCUGGGUGCCGGCUGGUGGAUAGCUUCCUGAAGCCUGGAGAGCGAGGGGGGUCGGUGCGCACCGACCCCUCGCUCUCCAGGCUUCAGCGAAGCCUGCAUUUGCCCCAUAGGACGCACACACAUUUCCCCUUCAUUUUUGGAGGGGGAAAAGUGCGUCCUAUAGGGCGAAAAAUGCGGUAUGUAUUUUCAGCCAUCUUCUGGUUGCUUUCCCACAUAUAGUUUCCAAAUGUAAAUCGGGGGAAGACAAAAGUGAUAUUAGGAACCUAUUAGCAACUAAGCUGCUUUCUGUGGGGCAAGCCCAAGACAUUGCAGCACUUGAGGUGGAAAAUCCAAGCGGCAUCCUCCUCACAUUAAUUAACCCAGGACACAAGCCCCCAGGAAGUUCUCCUGCACAAACCUAAUUAACGACUGUUCAUUUCAGUGAAACUUGCACAGGAGAAAUUCCAGGUGAAUUGUCCCCGUGUAUUAGAUCUGCCUGCUUCACACUCAUAAAAACUCAUCUUCUUUUCAUUCAUGUCAGAUACAAUGCUCUGCAAAUUUCCUCUUCUGAUGAUAACACUUGUCAGGAUUCCUGCAUUGGCACCUGUCCUCAUCUAUCUACAUAUGCUAAUUUGCAUGUUGAAAAUAAAGCCAGGAUGUUUAGGGCCCCUCCAGACCACCUGUUUGUUGAGCAUUCAUCCUUAUUUGCUUGCAGGGUGUUUAUAUGUGCUCCUGUUAGGCGCUUGUCCAUCCCACUUUACAACACAUUUCCCCAUCACGUUGCAAGUGACAAAAAGUCUGGGGUUUGUUAAGUGGAUGUGUUGCUUUCAUCCACUUUAAUGGCAAAAACCUAACAUUCUGCUAUGCACUUGAUUCCCUCCCACAAAAUACUGACAUUCUGGAGGUGCCUUUUAGAAGGAGCACAUUAAGAAAAAGAGGGGGGAACCAGUUCCAUAACUGUUCUGCAGUUUUAUGCAAACCGUGUCACGAGUUGGCAGAUUUUCACAGAAGUUUACUAAAUUCCUGCCAUUCAGCACAGAAAUUCAAGGCCAUUUCACAAGUUACGUGAAGGCAAACUUGGAUUUUUGGUUAGGAUACACUCAGCAGGCAGCUGCAGCCAAUUACAGCUCCCUGACUAGUGUACUUGUACAUGUUAUAUGAAAAGGCAUGUUAUGAAGCACAGCUAUAUGCCUUUUCAAAAAUGCAGAGGAAUCUCAGGAGGCUGUUGUUGUGAGCAGAAGAGGAGCAAGGGAGAAAAGAAUUUUGAACCUUUUCUCUGUAGGCAAUUUCCUCGAUAUCUCUUACACACAUUGUUGUGAUUGCUAUGUUUUUAACUCUGUAUUUUCAUUCUGUUUGCAAAUUGCAGAGUAUUAUUGCAUUAGGGAAGGAAGGAAGGAAAGAAGGAAGGAAGGAAGGAAGGAAGGAAGAAUUUCCCCCUAUGUUGUUCCAGAUUAUCCAUCUAGAACCUCACAUGGGGCAAAGCAGUUUGAGGAAAAUAUGGCUGGUACAGAAAGGGUUAAGCCCCUGCUCCAUUGACUGUUGCUCCCCUCUGCUCAAAACUGCACCUUCCUUUGGCUCUUUUACAGUAACAAACAAAAUUGCCAGGGCUUUGUUAUAAACAUUUGCAUAUACUUUACUUUGCACCAUUGAGUAUCUUACUUUAUGUCAUUGUGUAACAGCAUCAUGGUUAUGUUUACUAUGACUUUCUUCCCUUUGUUUAGGGGGCUUCAAACUUGGCGUCAGCAAAGCUUUCUGCCACACAUCCAGUGAUCCGGAAAUACAAGGUAAUAAGUUGACUGUUACCUUCUCUGAAGUGGAAUAUGUUGAGAUUUCUGAGGGUGACUGAUAGGGCAGUGAACCAAUGGGGCUCUUAUUUCAGAGCUAGGAUGCUUGAUUAAGAAUUUGGCAUUUUGGUGACAGAAUGGAAGUGCCCACGCACACAGAAUAAUUGUGUGUUGCUAUCAAAGCAUUUGUUGGGUCUGUUUUGACUGUACAGCUUUUCUGUAUUAUUUGAAAAUGCUUUGCUGCAGGGUGGGUAGCAAUCCAGUAUGAUGAUCAGGAAAAGUGCAUUUUGGGGGCAUAUGGAUUAUCUAAAAACAAGAGCUAGUCCCCACCACUUUGAUGUAUGUGUCAGAUUUCUGUCUGCCUUUCCACUACACUGCACUGCAUAGUCCAUUUUAAAUACUGAUUUUGUAGUUGUGUCCCAUUACUCCCUGCUCCCCAGUGGUUUAGGUGAGCUGCCUGCCUUUUAAAAAUGUUUACUGAACUACUAUUUAAAUGUUGAUGCAAUCCAAAAUCUCUUCACAUUUUUUUAAAAAAUGUAUUGUUUGUGUGUGGGGCGGUGGUGGUUUAAUUUGCAAAACUGCUCUGGGGAGGUAUGGGAUCAAAAGUUACCACUACCAGCCAAUCAGUGCUGUGCAAAAACAGCUUCAGCUUCCAGCCUACAGAAUCAGUUUUCCUUAAGAAAGGAAUAGUCAUAUAGUCUAACCACAAUGUGGCAAGCAGGCUUCCUGGGCACAGCAACUACCGAGAAGGGUCAUCUGGUGUUUUGGAGUGUGUUGUCAUCAAUAUGCUGAGGACACAUAGUUCUGUUUCUCUGCAUGGUAAACCAGUGCCUGACUUUGGUAAUGGGCUGGAUAAGGGUGUUGGGGUGGUUCUUCUGUCCAGAGAAGUUGCCUGUCCCAUGCUGUGGAACUGUGUUUCAGCAGUGAUUUUGCAAGCAUCCUUGCUUUUGACUUUCAGGGGCCUCUUGAAGACUACUUGGGCCAACAGACCUUUGGAGCUGUUUAAUUUUGAUUAGCCUUACUGAUUAUCUGUAUUCUUGAAUUUUUAAUUUCAUCUUUAAAUGAUGUUUUAUGUUUGAGCAGUAUAUGCUACCUUGAUAUUUUGUGAUAUAGCAGCACAGAAAAAAAAUUCAGAAUAUAUAUAUAUAUAUAUAUAUAUAUAUAUAUAUAUAUGUGGUGCUUGGACGGGAAUCACAAUUUUGCUGAAGGAGCAGGUUCUUAGCUUGAGGGUACUUCUAAGUCCAGUACUGAGCCCCUAAGAAUGGUGCGGUGAAGGUUCUGAGUAAUUACUGUAUUUUUUUAUAUAUAGUCCAUUUUUUUCUCCACACAUUUGUGUUUGAGAGAGAGGCCUUUGCACAGCCUAAUUCAUGGGAGAACCAAGAUGAAGGCUGAAAAUUGGAACUGUGUAUAAAACAGAGAGAAACCCCAACCUGUCUUUUAAGCAGAUUUGUUCUGGUGGUGGUGGUUGUUAUUUAAUCUGUAUACUGCCCUUCAUCCAAAAAGACAGGGUGGUUUACAACAUACAAAUACAAAAUGAGAACACAAAAUACAUAGUGGUGGUUGGCUUUGGAGGGCUCCAACCCACUCAUUAAAGAGUACCUUUUAAAAUCUACCCCAACAGACUCUUCCACCCAUUAGAAACAUCCAUGUGCCUAACCCUCCUGCCAGCCGCAGCCAGAGGAAGCUCACGAGGAACAAAGAUGCCAGCAGGUUGUGGGUGAAGCCGGAGCCCCCCAAGCCCUUCCUCAUGCACUUGGGGGUUACAGCCAGGUCACACUCAACUGAUGACUACCUGGUCAACUUCCCUAAUGACCUGACCCAGCACUUCCUUUUCCGGUAAGGCCUUGCCCUGUCCUCAGGUCCCCAGGGGAGAUGUUGGUUCUCUGUAUAUUCUCCUACAAGACAAAUAAAUGAGAUGCUGUUUGUUACAGGCAUCCAAAAUGGUUUCUUCAAAAAGCAAUUGGUGGUAUUCAAUGCUGGUCUUACUCAGAGUAGACCUGGUGAAGUUAAUGGACAUUAUUAUUAUUAUUAUUAAUUUAUAUACAGUGAUACCUCGGGUUACAUAUGCUUCAGGUUACAUAUGCUUCAGGUUACAGACUCCGCUAACCCAGAAAUAGUACCUCGGCUUAAGAACUUUGCUUCAGGAUGAGAACAGAAAUCGCACGGCGGCAGCAGGAGGCCCCAUUAGCUAACGUGGUGCUUCAGGUUAAGAACAGUUUCAGGUUAAGAACGGACCUCCGGAACGAAUUAAGUUCUUAACCCGAGGUACCACUGUACUGUAAUACUGAUAUGUCAUGAUGGCUUCUAAGUGGUUUACAACUAUAAUAUCAAUCCAUAGUUAAAAUAGAGAACACUAAAACUUCCUUUAUUAAAAUAUACAAUAACACAAAUAAUUAAAAAACAUAACAAUUAAAAAGUUAAAAUAAUAAAAUCACAAGUUCAGUUCAGGGGAAGCUUGCUUUACAACAUGACCAGCAUAUUAAUUUCAACUGGUCUACACCAUCUACUCUAGGUAGGACUUAGUUGAAUACAACCCAAUGCAUAAGGAAAUUGUGAAUCUUGCGUAAAUCUCACUCUUACGAAAGCUGCUUUACAUGUUGUUUUUCUUAACAUUUGUAUGUUGGAAUUGAGAAAAGCAGUGUGUGAAUCUGAUUCCUUCCAAUCCACUGCUGGGGAUUGUGGGGAAAUUUAACAAACUGAGCCAGAGGACAAAAAUCUUGUUGGCUUCUUUCUAGAUACCCUGUGGUUCAUGGCAUUCUCGUAUCAUUUGACAAGGCACUUUAAUUCUCCUUGUUGUCCUCUUUCCAGCCAACUUAAGAAGACGACAAUCAGAAGGAAUACUCUGAGCAGGAGCAGGAGUAGGAGUAGGAGUAGGAGCAGGAGCAGGAGCAAGAGUGAAUCUCCAAGUAUGAUGGCAUUAGCAAGCUGCACGGAACAGGAGGCACAGCUAGUGACAGACAUGCUGUCGACAGUGAUCAAGUGGGUGGCUCCUCAACCAGAAUCCUGCUGUUCAAAGGCAGAAUAUGUUUUCAUAACAGUCUGCUCAGAUGCAUAGAAUUGCAAGGCUAGGCGUUUGCAUUUGUCACAUUUGCCUUCUCUUCCUCCAAGGUGGUCAGCAAUACUGUACAGGCGUUCACACUGUGUCCUCACAGUAAUCCUAUGAGGUGGGGAAAAGGCCAUAGGGAACGGGUGUGGCAGGGUACAUGCUUGGCAUGCAAAAGGUCCCAAGUUCAAUUCAUGGCAUCUCCCGGAAGGGCUGGGGAAAGACUCCUGUCUGCAACUCUGGAGAGCUGUUGCAAGUCAGUCAAUAAUGAGCCACAUGGGCUCUGGAUAAGGCAGAUUCCUAUGCUCUUGCGUGGAUUAGGCUGAGACUUGGCAUUAUCCAAGGCAACAGAGUGAACCUCAUGACUGAAGGGAGAUUUGAAAGUCAGGUCGUCCUGGUCCAAGUCCACUUCACUGUAGUGACUAAGUAACAUGAAGGUAAAUUAGUUCAAAUUCCUGCAGGAAAGGGAAGAUUUAAUCAAUUGUGGACAUAGGGUGAUUAUUAUUAUUAUUUAAUUUGUAUACUGCCCUUCACCCAAAGAUCUCAGGGUGGUUCACAACAGAAAAAUGCAAAAUACAUAAAACAAAGACAAACCAAUAACCUCCCUCCCACAAACACAUUAAAAAAGCCAUCAAAUGUUAACCAGCCAAGCGCCUGGUUGAAGAGAAAUUUUUUUCCCUGGUGCCAAAAGGUGAAGGGACCAGGCAAGCCUCGCUAAAGAGAGCAUUCCACAAAUGGGGAGCCACCACAAAAAAGGCCCAUUCUUGUGUUGCCACCCUCCAGACCUCUUAUGAAGGAGGCACAUGAAGAAGGGCCUCAAAUGAUGAUCACAGGGUUGGGGUCAGUUCAUAUGGGGAGUGGCAGUCUUUUGAGCUUUUGCAUCUUUUGUUCUGCUUUCUUGCUGAUAAUUCACCAUGACAUCUCACUGCAGCCAAUUUUACUAAUUUAGUGUGAUGUGGGGGAACCUAUAUUCAGGGAAGACUUCCAGUACCUUUUUCCUACACGUAUCCCUUUGGAUGUAUACCUGGAUAGUCUAAAGGGUACGCUGGCUUUUCAUAUUCCCAGGGUUUGGGGGCAGAGGGCAACAGUGUGACAAAGGCAGCCAGCUCUGUCUUUCAUUCCAAAGUGAAUUCUCCUGACAUUCUAGGGGGCUGCUGGAGGAAAGCCAGUUCCAGGAAGCAGUGAUCAGAAGCCUAGCAGAGCCCACACCCUACUUCUGCCAGUUCUGGAGUGAGGAGUCAGCCAAACAAAAGCACAGCCCAGGUGGUACCUCUACAACACCAACUUCCCCAGAGUUUAGCCCUAAGUGUAGAGCAGAAGAUGAAGAUGCUGGAGGAGUACAAGAGAGAUCUCCUACAGAAACUUCAGAAGCUCAAGAGAGUCUAAGUGUCAUUAUUCGGAAGGAACAAUUCCGGGAGCAGAAAGAAACCAUUAUCAGGUGAGCCAAAUUGAGGGGCAUAUCUAAGUAGGGGUUCUCAGCAAAAUAGCUAUACUCUGGUGACAAUACUUACAUAAUGCGAAAGAUGCACAGAACAAUGGGCAGGAUUCAACAACGUUUUUGAGCUAGUGUCCUGACUUAAAAAAUAUUUAAAAGAAUGUCACUCAUUCCAUGUCCCUGCGGCUCACCUAUGUCCUUAAAAUGCUAACUCUUGUCACAAUAUUCCAAAUUUCAAAAUAUUGCAAAGCGACACAUUUUAGGUUAUAUUCUGCACUAUCAAAGUACCUGUUGCUAUAUCAUGGGAUGCAUUUCUCUUCCUCCACAAAAGCCAAAAGCAGCCAUUCAUGUCUGUGGGAGAAAGUAAAGCAGCUGUAACUGGAGACAUUGAAGAGGUAGUGCAAAACUUGGCCUCAUCCCUGAUGUUGAGCCCAUCAGUAUCUGAGAUGGAGGGAUGGUUUUUCCCCUCCACUCCAGUAUAUUCCCUUUAGAAAGCAAAGGGACAAAUACAUUCCUAUGGGAGAAAGAAAUGAGACUGCAGUCUGGCACAUACUUGAGCAAGGGACAAAGUUUACUCCCUUCCCUGACAGGACUGUUGCUUUUCUUUUGCCCAUAGAAGUGAGCAACCCCUGACUUCUAUGGACAUCUAAGAGAAAAAGUAAAUACAAUCCAUCACAGUGAUGAUCCUACUACUCUGAAGUUGAGAAGGAUUCCAGUGUAUUAGAGAGAAGCAAUGAAUCUGUGCCUAAGCUUCAGCCUAGAACCUCUCUUACAUUUACUAGCCUGGUGUGUGUGUGCUGGUACUUUCUGAGUCCCAUCAUAGACAUUCAGUUCUAUAUAUGGAUUCAUCUAUUCAUCUGUCCUGUCUGUAAACACACCCUUUCAAUAAAACUGGUUUAGCUUUUUUUCAUUCAGGCCAGUGUGCCUUUGGUUUGUUAGAACUUUGCCAACUUGUCAACUAUGCUAUUAAAAAGGUAGCGAGUAGGGUGGGCACUAUUCUGUAGUACCAUUCUGUAAGCAUGCUUGGAAACACCAACUUCCCUGGACAGGGAUAACUGAAAUGCUCUUUUCUCUAAAGGUUGCCAGCAUUUUCAAAUCUGACUGAGAUGGUGCUGGAAAACACCAUCAGAAACGUUCUGGUGGAGGCCAGUCGUGGGGAGGUAGUGCUGACAGCACGACCCAGAAUCAUUGCACUCCCUACUGUUUUCUCCCAAAAGUGAGUAACGGGGUAUGAAAUAAUAAUAAUAAUAAUAAUAAUAAUAAUAAUAAUAAUUAAUAAAUUAUUAUUUCAUUUUUGUAUGAGCCUAGAACAAAAGGAUAGAAGAACUUGGUUGAUGCCUAUUUAGUAACUAUGAAAGCUUAGUAGCAGAGGGUCAUUUAUGCCCUUGUGGUUGGAAUGUUCGUCCAUCUUUUCUUUUGUAUGCUAUUGGUUUCCUUUUUUGAGUGUCUCCCCUUGUGGUGUGAUUGGCUUGCUCAAUGGCCACGGAAUGGAAGCACAAAAGAUGAGGAAAAUGGGUAUAUGGUUGAAGUUAAAGGAGAUGGUGAAUAAAGGGAAAGAAGGCUUGGGGGAGGAAGAGGUGGAGUGUGGUGAGUGCUGUGGGUGCUGUGGCCUCAGGUGCAAUUUCGAGAGAGGUCUGCGCAAACAGAUGACCCCACAGUAGGCUCCUUCCUUGGCUGUGGUGCUUGUCCAGGGGAGGAGAGGAAGUGAGUGGGCAGUAGCACUGCCACCCACCCUCCUUGGCUGUGGCACUCCUUGUGCCCAGUGGCAGCAGCUCUGCUGGUGGGUUACUUCUGACCCAGCAGCAGAAAGCAGAAGUGGUGGUGGCGAUGCUGCCACCCACCCUCCUUGGUUGUGAGGCGCUUUACGCCUGGCUGCAGUAGCAGACAUGACCCAGUGGCGGAGGGCAGGAGGAGAGUGGGCAGCAGCUUCCCUGGCACUGCCAGCAUACACUCUGCUGCUGGCCAGAGGAGAAUGGUAAGAAGUAAAAGCAGUAAGGAAUCCACUAAGGUUAAGCCUGGAGAGGGGUGCAUCAGUCAGAAUAGAAGGUUCUCAUGGUACCUGCUGCUACACAAGGAAAUCAAGGAAGAAGGUAUGAGAAGUGUGCCAUUGGGAUCCUGUUAGGUGGUAUCUUCCCAAGGUCUCUAGCAAAGAACAUGCCCAGCCAUGCUUUUUUUAAAGUCAGAAACUGGACCUGGGGCUUUUGAAUACUUUUUUUAGUAUUAUGAAGUUGUAAAAACUGAAAUGGAGCUUUUUAUUUCAGAACCAUCAGUCCCAUUGCUCCAAUGCACAAACCGUCUCUGCUCCACCCCACCACAGCACCACUGACCUGUGCCUCCAGAGAGAACAAGGACUCUGAAGGGCAGCGGCACAUCAUCUUGCCCCCCUAGGGGCUUGGAGAACUCUGGUACCACACAAGUCCAGUAUUCACAUCUGGCUAGUCCCUGUAGGAGCCAUGGUGCUACUGGAAAGCUGCUUUCUUGGAGGUGGGUCAAAGGAGAAGUGACUUGCAGAGAAAGCUAUGUGACCCUACCCUAUUCAAUAAUAGCACGGGAUCUUUAUCAUGCAGCCUUCAAAAUACAACUCUGGUUUGCACCCAAGAAGAAGUGGUUUCACUUGUGCCAUGUGUGAGAGAGAUUAUUUUUUCAAAUUAAGAUGACUUUGUUGUCAUCUUGGGAAGCCUCUUGUAUUGUAAGUGUUCAACUUUCCCUCCACCAAGGGGCAGUGCAGUCUAGUUUGUCAGCGCUCCAGCCUCCGCAGAGGACAGCACAGGGUGCACUUUUCCUUGCUGCUACGAUUCCUGCAUAAUGAAACCUGGCAACCAGAUAUGCAAGCCAGAAAGCCUUUCUGAACACUACAAACCAAGAUUAAAAUAAUACAAACUUGACGGAAAGCCAACUGGGGUGGCCUGAGCCUCAGCACGCAGCUGUUUAAGAAACAGGCCGUUUAUGGGAGACUCCUCAUUCUGUCAUUCCUUUUAAGUUUCCAGGAGCUAGAGGUCUGCAAACCUUGAAGGUGUUUUUUUUUAAGGCUAGAUCACCACACAAACAUUUUCAGAAUGCUAUACAUUGUCGGGCUUGAGCCACAGAGCUCUGAAGUUUUGUAACAGCAGUGUGUUCCAGUUUCUAAACAUCACCAAAUAUACUCUCCUAGCAGCUUGAUUUGCCUCUUCCAAAGAUCUCUUUUGAGUGUCCUGUUUUUGAAUUUGCAGAGGUAUCUAUCCAAAAUGUAUUCUAACACACACAAGCAUCUAUGAAAACUGGAACAAAGAAUUUGAAGUGUGAGAGGUAGCAUGAUCCUGUGUUCUCUGUUAAGCAGCAACCAGCCAGCCAGCCAGCAGACUGACAAUAAACCAACGGGUACACCAUUCACUGCAAUGUCUUGUGUGCAAAAGCUUUACCUCAUUAUAGAAUUAUAAACUUUUCUGUGAAUGGUGUGGACAGUAGUCUUGCCUUAUCUCUUUAGGUUAAUGUCAUGGCUAUCAUCCUUGAUCAACAUUCCCCCCCCCCUUUUUUUGACAAUGCUGAAUUGCCAUUGUGCCUAACCCAUCCAUUUGUCAGAGCUGCCUUGUUCAUUUUUAGCAAAGAUUUUAACUUAUUUCACCAUCUCCUCUCAAGGGCGCCUGGCCCCAAUCAUUGGGGUAUGUGUGGUGGUCUAAAUUCAGAAUUUAUUGAGAAAAGCAACCGCUCCCCCAAUUGCCAAACAUGCAAUUUUAGGAGGAAGAUAUGGGUAUGAACAGGGCACAUGCAAAGGUUUCUGUAAGGUUGGUGAGAGCAAAAAAAUUAAAUGAAACGUGACAGGGCAUGAUGUACAGACAUACCUUCAGGAUGACAAAUGCCAUGCAACCAAAUAUUGUGCUUCUGUUUCUGGAGCAGAGGCUCCUGUGACUAAAACAGCAUGAGAAGAGUACUGAAAACAGUGGCUUGAUUCAAACAGCAGUUUUGUUCAACAAUAAACACUUUUGUUCCCUCCACAGUGUCAGUACUCAAGUAGCUACUUCAGCAAUAUCUUCAACAACUCUCGCCAUCACAGACUUCUCAUGCCACCUUAGAAGGGGGACUUAACACUUGAGCCCAUAAGCCUUUUAAAAACAAAGUAUUUGUACUGCAGCUAAUUUAUUUCAGAAAGUCUGAAUUGGCUUUAAUUUGGCAUAUAUAGGGCUGCUCUUUUUUCCUGGGUAUCAUUACCUAUCUUCAAACCAGGGCAACAGCUCUAUUAGCUACUUGGUAGUAUUUAGGUGUCAAAUGGAGACAGCCUAGGAAGAAUUGCAAGAGAAAGAAAGCACAGGGGCAGCUAUCUAUCAUGGCUGUAUUGGAAACACUUAGAGAGGAUGCGGCCAAAACAGCCGUGUCCAUGCUGCUUAGCAGCCUGGGAACAGCAGUAUCUUCCCCGUUGCGCAGGU